GUUAAUAAUAAUGGCCUUAUUAAAGGAUGAUACAGCAUUCACACAUGUAAUUGCAAUAGAUUUUGGGACUGGAGCAUCAGGGUAUAAAUUAAAUUAAUUUAGAUUUGGAUUAGCUCCAAAAGUAUUGGAUAAGGAAGGAAAACCAAGAAUUGAAGUAUUUAAUCCUUGUGAUGAUUCAGAUGAUCAAAAAACUCCCACAGCUAUUUUAUUUGAUAAUAAUGGUUAAUUUAUUGAAUUUGGAUCAUAAGCUCUUUAAAAAUAUGCUAGUAUAUUAGAUGAUGGUGAUACAGCUUAUCUAUUUUAAAAUGUAGUUUAACAUUUAAAAUUAUUAGUAUAAAAUGCAUUUAUAUCAUAUGCAUAAUCAUGCAAGAUCUCUUGAUAAUAGAGAAUUACCUUUAAUGUUAUUGAUAAAAGAGACACUCAAAUAUAUAAGCAAUAAAGCAAUAUAAAAAUUAAAGGAAUAAGUAGGAAAGGUGAUAAUUACUAAAAUUAGAUGGGUAUUAACAGUUCCUGCAUUAUGGAGUGAAGAACAUAAAUAAUUUAUGAGAAAAGCAGCUGUAGAAGCAGGAAUAGUAGAAAAUCUAAAUUCUUCAAAUUUAUUAUUGUGUUUAGAACCAGAAGGAGCAUCAAUAUAAUGCAGAGAAGAUGCUGAACAUACAUUAAAAGAAUAAAUGGCUAAAAAUUCUGUAGUUAUGGUACUAGAUUGUGGAGGUGGCACAGUAGAUAUAACAGUUCAUAAAUUAUUAUGUGAACCUAAUGAGAAAUUCUUAUGUAAUGAAUUGAUUCCUUCUUCAGGAGGAUGUGAAUGGGGUUCAAAAUAUGUAGAUUUAUAUUUUGAAGAAUUUUUAAAAGAAUUUUUAGGAGAGAAAUUAUUUAAAUGUUAUUUAUAGAAUGCCUCAGCUAGAUUGGAUAUAUUAAGAGAUUUUGAAAUUCUUAAAAGAAAAUUUAAAGGAAAUAAGGAUGAAAGAUGUAUGAUUAAAUUCUCUUAUUUGGGUGAAGAAUUAAAUACAGCCAAAUUAACACAAUUAGUUAAAGAACAUAAUUCAAAACAUGCUGCAGAAUAUUAGGUUAAAUUGAAAGGUCUUUCUAAUGUAGAAAUUCCAUCUUCUUUAAUGGCAUCUUUCUUUUAAACUUUAUUUGAAAAUAUAAAAAAUAAAGUUGCUCAACUUUUAUAAUAAGUUGAACAAAAAAAAGAAAAAGUGAAUUUCAUUUUUAUGGUUGGAGGAUUUAGUGAAUCUCCAUUUUUGAAAUCAGAAAUCAUAAAAAGAUUUGAAAAUAAUACAAUAUAAAUCUUAGUUCCUAGACGUCCUUAAGUAUCUGUUAUUAGAGGAGCAUGUCUAUUUGGUUUGAGUCCAAGAUCUAUUACAAGUAGAAUAGCUAAAAAGACAUAUGGAAUUAAUACAUUAACAAGUUUUGAUGCAGAGAGACAUCCAAUAAAAAAGAAAGUAAUUAUUGAAGGAGAGGAAUUUAGUGAAGAUGUAUUUGAUGCUUUUGUUAGAAAAGGAGAUGCUGUUGGGUAUAUAUAAUAAAUAACUAUAUUUUUUUAGUUGUGAUGAAGUACAUACUAAAAUAUAUUGUCCAGUUAGAUCUAGAUAAACUAUAAUGAGAAUAAUCUUUUAUGUAACUGAAAAGAGAGAAGUAGAAUUUGUAGAUGAAUAAGGAGUUUAAUAAUUAGGUGAAUUGUGUAUUGAUAUUGGAAAACCACUUUAAUCUGUUGAAGAUAAAACUGUAAAGGUUACACUUUUAUUUGGAAACACUUGUAUUUAUGCUACAGCUACGAAUAAGGAUGGAACAGAAAUAAAAAAUUGUGAAUUCAAAUUCGAAUGUGGGUAAUGAAUAAUACUUAAUUAAUAAAUAUUCUAACAUAUUAUUUUUCAUUUUCAAACUAUUAUUAUUAUAAAAGUAGUAUUUAAAUAAAAUCGUUAAUGGACACUACUUAAUUAAAAACUAAAGUUCUACUUGAUUAUGCUAAGAAAAACAAAUAAUUAUUGCAUGAAUGGUCAGAAAAGACAGUAUAGGCAUUCUUAGAAUAAAGUAGAAAAUUUACAGAAGAAAUGUAUUCAGGAAAUUUAUCAAUGGUUGAUGAUGGAUAUAAUGAUACAUAAGAAUAAUUAUAGAUACUUGAAAACUUAUUUAAAAGUAUUUAAAUCAAAAUGAAAAUUAGAUUUUACAAAAACAAAGGGUGAUAUACAACACAAAUUGAGAAUUUCAUAUUCUAUAGCAAGAAGAUUAUAUAUGGAAAAUUUAUAAAAAAGAGUCUUUUAGACAUUAAGACAAUAAGUGAAAUACUAAAUUUAUAUUCGUAGAAUGAAGAUGUUUGCAUCUACCUACUCUAAGUAAUAAUAAAUAAUAAUAGUUUAGAUUGAGAAUACCUAGAUAAGUAUUUAGUAAAUGGAGAAAAUAAGCUCAUAAUCAAACAAGAUAAACAAUUUUACAUUAAGUUAAUAGGAAAACUGAUAAUGAAAUAAUGUAAAUGUAAAAGGAAUAUGAAUAAUUAAUUGGAUAAUUAGAAAAUGUAUUGGAAAAGAAAUUGAUUGAAUUAAAAGUAGAAGAAGAAUAACAUAAAGAAUUAGUGUUAAGAUAUGAUGGAAUUGUUGAAAAACGUACAGCUAUUAAACAUUGA